GUUUUGUGGAGAUGAUGUCAGUGGUACUGGUGGCGAAUUCCAUGCAUGUACGUACUUCAAGCUACUUGAAAUAUUUGACUUCAUUCAAACACUACAUAAACUCAUUCGCGACACUCAUCUCGUCCUUCAAAACUCUACUAUUACCAGUCACCACCAUGUCCGAACCAGCUAUCAACUCACGCAAGAGAACAGCGGUGCAGUCAUCAUCUGACUUGCCCCCACCUCGUCAGGCUAAAGCCAUUAGAUCCGUUUCACCACCACUAUCGAACAUAUCCAUGCAUCGAUUCAACUACUACCUGGCCAUCUUCGCAGCGCUCAUGUUUGCCCUAUACACAUAUCGUCUCGUACAAUGGAAGUCGGAUGCAGGAGGGUGGUGGAAUCUGGCUCUAGGGAAAAGACAACCGGCAGUCCAGAGUACUACUAGUACAUCAUCGGGAGGGAGCGAUUGGCAAACUGGAACAGCAGGCAUUAAGGGUAGAGCGGAGCUGACAGUUGAGGAAAGGAUAAAUGAACUGGCGUCAGCAUUGGGCAUGCCAUCCAAAGACCUUGCAUCUGCAAUUGCUGGCGCCAUACGAGAGUAUGUGCCUCCGGCGACAUUGUCGUCUAUAUCCGCUCACCAGGCUGGUGAAGCAAUUAGCUAUUUGGUGAACCCCGACGGCGCGUCAGCUUCAGAAGCGGAGAGUAGUGUUGGUGCAAGUGCCACCAAAGGCUUUAAAUUUGUCGCUUCAGCUGUCGGGGCGGCCGUAGGAAUGGAUGAGCCUCCAACGGAAAUGGCGUAGAUCGCAUUAUGGACCUGACGGACCAGCUGUAUACUAUACCUUGCAUAUAACCGGUCAGCACUGUUCAAAACCUGGAUGAAUUCGGUAGAAUAUAGUAAGAGCAUACAUACCAGCUAGAAAAAGGGACCAAGGGCUAUAUAAUGUUGUCUAGAAAGAAGAGAACAUCGUCGAAAUGAACGAGACUCGAGAGU